AUGUCCGACUCACGACUAUAUUCAUUCUCCCCGGAGACAAAGGAGAAGCUGCGAAAGUUCCGCCUAGGCACAUCGAGAGCCAAGGAUGCGCAAGCUAUUAUUUGUGAGACUCCUACUCCACUACGUCGGGAGGAGUGUGAAGGGUACGCUUUUGUUGCAGCGCUGACUGGUAGCGUGGCAGAUAUCAUUGAUGCAAAGACCCAGGAGAUUAGACCUCAGGAUGACGAGGUCUAUUCUAAGAUGGAGGAUCUUGCAGAUGACCUCCCCGAGUCAUCGCCAAGAUUCAUUCUUCUCAGUUACCCAUUGACAACGAAGGAUGGUCGUCCUUCUGUCCCUUACGUUCUACUUUACUGGCUCCCCGAGAACUGCAACCCGAUGCAGCGGAUGUCGUAUGCCAACGCAGUGGAGCUGAUGCGUACCAGUGCCCAGGUGAACAGAGUCAUUGAGGUGGAGACCGACGACGAUAUCAUCGAUAUCAAGGACAAGCUGACCGGGUCGGACUAA